ACGCGCCCAUCUGUUGACAUCUGGGCGCAUGUGGCACCAAGCGUAGCGUACGGAGAUCUUGUGAGUCUUCAGUCGGGUUGCAUAUUAUGCGUUGUUCGCUUGGCGAGCCGGUAUCCUAGAGUUUGUGCCGAACUAUUGGGACUUGUUCCCGAGUGAGAAAAACGACAUGAUCGACUUCCAGGCCGUGGUUAUGGCCGCCGGCCGCGGUUCCCGGCUCACCGAGCUUUUGACUGCCGACUGCUUGAAGUACCAGUUGCCCGUGGCGAACUUGCCCAUGAUUUACUACCCUCUGCGCGCCCUCAAGAACGCCGGCUUCACCGAGGCCAUCGUCAUCCUGCCGUCGUCCGCGCGCGGUCGACUCGACGACUCGCUGUCCGACCGGGUCGGACUUCGAAUCGACUACGAGUUCGUCGCCGCAUCCGCUGCGGAAGAAGACCAGGGCACGCUGCAGAGCCUUCGCCAGAUCGUCACCAAGAUCAAGAAGGACGUGUUAAUCGUCGGUUGUGACCUGGUGACCGACUUCGACUUCACGCGCCUCGCCAACCUACACCGAGUCCGCAACGCGACCAUGACCGUGCUCUUGGCGCCCGCCUCCCAGUCUUUGCGGGAGUCGCCCGUGCCCGGAACGCGCGGGAAACCGAAACUCGAACGAGACCUGGUGGGGAUCGAACCCGGGACCCAGAGGCUUGUGCUGUUCAACGCGGAGGCCGACUUCGAGGAGACCGUCAGCGUAAGGCGAAAGGUGCUCAAGGAACAUCCCGUUGUCGACGUAAGGUCCGACCUGGUGGACGCCCACGUCUACCUCCUGAACCGGUGGCUCCUGCCGUACCUGUUGAAGGACGCCAGCAUUACGACCAUAAAGGGCGAACUCGUACCCUUGUUGACGAGGUAUCAGUUCAAGAACGCGCCUUCGAAGCAGUCUUCGGAGGACGUCGUGGACGGGGAGCAAACGGAAACCGACAUAUUCAGGUAUGCCCCGCAGAGUGGAAGCGAUCUUUUUGGGCUGGAUCUCAGAGACGAGUUUAGCUUGGGCGACACGGGCACGCAGAAGAAUCCGAUACGCUGCUACGCGUAUGUCGCUGAAGGAUCAUUUUUAGUGAGAACGAACACCGUCGCUGGAUAUAUGGAAGCUAAUCGACAGGCUUAUCAACUGAGCAAAGAAAUCUUCCCGCACGUAACCCCCGGUCGUUUCGACAACAUCGUCGCCGACAAAGUCGAGUUCGGCGAGAAAUCGUCCGUCCGCCACUGCGUGCUCGGCCAGAACUGUCGAAUCGGAGCCCAGGCCAAGGUGUCGGACUCUGUGCUCCUGGACGGUGUCACCGUCGGUGACGGCGCGAGCAUACAGGGUUGCGUCGUCUGCGGGGCGCAAGAAAUCGGUGCCGGCGCAGUGCUCAAGAACUGCGUCGUGGCACACAAGAAGAACGUCGCUGCCGAGGCCAAGCACUCGAACGAAGUUCUCGGAACUUUCGUAGAAAUUUAGCGACACGACAUUAAACGAACAAAA